GGUUACACCACAGUCCCUUGGAUUCCACCUGGUCACGUGCAAUUUCCCACCAUAUAUUCUGACCUGUUUGUUUUUCAUCAUUCUCGUUACAGAGGUACACAUAGAAUUUUUUUCAACGCUGUUGGUUCUCGGUGCAGGUUGCAAGCAGAGAUGGGAAAAGGCAUUGAUUCACGGAAAUCAGUACCAAAAGCAUAGACUGCCCGACCCCGACGACGCCAAGAAAACAUCUCCGGCGAGCCUGUGUUUACGACCGCGUUGUAUGUUUUCUCCUGGACCUGUGUAGUCGGUUCAAGUAACCAAGAUGCAGGGCACAAUUGUUGAGAAUUUAAGUGGUAGGAAGCUAUCGGUACUUGUAGCUCUGCUACUGAUUGCUCAAGUUGUUUGCUUCCUUAUUGGUGGACUGAUAGCCCCUACACCUUCAAGUGCCUACAACGUCUUGGGCAGUAACUGUGUGGACCCAGGGAACAACACGCAGAAGUGGUUUUACACUCGAGGCGAAGGAUCAUGCAAGAACAGAGAACUCACCAACUACAGGGAUGCUGAGUCAAUGCUUGAGAUGGCAAACCGUGUUGUGUUUGUUUUUCAAAUUCCCAUACCAAGGGAAAAUGUAAUCUUGGAUUACUCACGCUGGCAGCAAAAUCUGAUUGGAGUUUUGCAGUUUGAUAUCGCGUACCAUUCUGAAAAUGAAAUGAAACCUCGCACUACCAUUACAAUUGAUGCUAAGUUGGGUUACCGUAAUAAGGGUGAUCCUGAUGAUGCUUGGAAGCCAUAUGCCAGUUCUGUCGAGGAACGGUCUCUUGACUGUGUUAUUGACAGUAAAAAGUCAGACUACUUCUACAAUUGUUCCAUUGUUCCUCUUUUUGAAUUAGGAUCUUUGCAUCAUGAUUAUUAUCUGUUAAACAUUCGUCUUCCUGUUGACCAUUUCAAGCAUAUGAAUGAGGGACUCGGACAACUAGAAAGUAUCUAUCUGAUCACGAUUAAUCAAAAUGGAGGUUUUACUAAAGUGUGGGUCUCACUAAAGACUGUAUUCUUCCCAUUUAUCAUUGGAAUUAUGAUCUGGUUCUGGAAGAGAGUUCAUCAGCUUGCAAGACCUCCUGCCCUGUUGGAGUACAUGCUUAUUUUCCUAGGAGGAGCUCUUACCUUGUUAAAUGCUCCCUUGGAAUAUUUAACAUUGUACUUUGACAUGCCUUUUAUGCUCCUCCUGGGUGAUAUCAAACAAGGAAUUUUCUAUGCUGCCCUGUUAUCAUUUUGGCUUGUGUUUGCUGGAGAGCACAUGAUGGUGCAAGAAGAUAAUCGCCACAACCAUUUAAGAGUCUACUGGAAACAUCUAAGUGCUGUUGGUGUUGGCUGCCUGUCUCUGUUUAUAUUUGACAUGUGUGAACGAGGGAUUCAAUUGAGAAAUCCCUUUUAUUCCAUAUGGGUUACUGACAUUGGAACAAACCUGGCACUGACAUUUAUCAUUCUUGCUGGGAUAUCAGCUGGUGUAUACUUCCUAUUUUUGUCCUACAUGAUAUGGAAGGUUUUCCAAAAUAUCAGUGCCAAACGUUCUGUGUUGCCUGGGAUGUCUGCAGUGCGGCGCCUUCAUUAUGAAGGUGUUAUUUACCGGUUCAAAUUUUUGAUGCUUGCAACCCUUCUUUGCGCUGCCAUGACAGUUGUUGGAUUUAUCCUGGGUCAAGUGGCUGAGGGACGCUGGAAAUGGGAUGAGUCUCUUGAAAUUGAAUACACAUCUGCCUUUUUCACUGGAGUAUAUGGCAUGUGGAAUAUUUACAUAUUUGCUCUUCUGUGCCUUUAUGCACCCUCUCACAAAAAGUGGCCUGUUGAAUCAGAAUCUCAUAGCAACAGUGUUAGUGAAGAGAUUGAAUUCAGUCGCUUGCCUACAGAGCCAUCUGAAAUUUCAUCUCUUGCAUCAUUUGCUCGCAAAGCAGCUCUUGAUUAAAGUAAUCACCUUUUUUGUUUAAUUUAUUUUGUAGACUUCAGGUAUUUUACAAUAUUUGUGAUUUUAAGUCUGACAUCUUUUAUAAACUAUUUAUUCCUAUUGGAUGUUACCAAUCACUAUAUUAUUAAACUUCCAGUGUUUUAUUUGAUUCCACUACAGGAUUUUUAAAAUUAAUUCACACUAAUUAACUAUUGCAAUUUUAUUCUGAUCUCUAGCGUACUUAAUCAUUUUUAAUCAAUUAAAUUGCAUAAGUAACUGUCAAGACAUUAAUGUAUUUGAAAUGAUCUUUGCUGUAUUCUAUCCUAGUGUAGCUUUACCUUUCAAUUAGUAUUUAACAAAUAUUGUAACCUUAGUUCUCAAGAACUACUUUUUAUAUGAAUAUGAUAAACCUACUCUCUUUUACCUAAGGUGAAAAUGUCAGUGAGAAAUAACCCCUAAAUCCAUUACACUUUGUAUUGUGUCAAUUUGUUUGUCUUAACCUAUAUCUAGCUCUUAACAUUUGUUCUAAUGGCUUAUAUCUCACUUACUCUCUUAAGUAGAUGUUUUUACCCGAGUAAUUUGUAUUUAGAAAUGGUAUUGUACCCCAUCUGUACCUGAUGUGCUGAUUUUGUAAUGUAUUUUAUGUAUCUUUGUAUAACUUUCUUUGGGCAUGCACUAUGGUUAUACUGUUGUCUCAUUUUCUUUUAUCCGAACUGCUGGAAUUGCCAGAGAGAGAUUGAUUCUACAACUUGUCUGUGUUUUGAACUUUUAAAACACACACACAUGUUUCCUAUAGUCUUUCAUUCUCAACUUUGAAUUUAAUGUACUAAUUUUAAGUUGUUUAAUGUUUGAGUAUUCUUUAAUAUUAUGUGUAUGUCUUUUUAGUGGCGAUGAAUUUUACAAGUAUUAUACAUGGACUAUAGUCCAUUCAUUAUGUGACAUUAUUACCCAGAUAUAUUAGCCAUUAUUAUGUGUACUGUAUUUGUACUCUUUCUAAUUUUUGAUCCAGUAUUGUAGAGUUUGCAUUUAUAAUAGACUUAGUUCUCUUUUAUUAACUUAUUGAUUUAGCUCGAGUAGUUGGACUUACCUUCUUUCUGAGUGUGCAGUGGUUACGAAUGUGCAGCUGAUGGGCUGCUAACUAGUUUGGAUUUGUGUCAACAUUGUCAACAUUACCAGUAUUGUUUGGUGACUUUCUUCCUUGCCAUAAUAAAGCUAGAAUGUAGUUGAGUA